AUGGCUUUCCUCAUGCUCCUGUGUCUCCCGACGCUAUUCUUCGAUGUACUAGUGCUGUCCCACAAAAGCAACAUCUUUGAGCGGUCGGCUGUUCCGAGAGCCGCGCCCCGCUCUGUGGCCCGGAUGGAUGGAGACGUGAUAAUCGGGGCCCUCUUCUCCGUCCACCACCAGCCGUCCGCCGAGAAAGUGGCCGACCGAAAGUGCGGGGAUGUCCGGGAGCAGUAUGGCAUCCAGCGGGUGGAGGCCAUGUUCCACACCUUGGACCGGAUCAACGGCGAUCAUUUCCUGCUCCCCAACAUCAGCCUGGGCUGUGAGAUCCGGGACUCCUGCUGGCACUCUUCCGUGGCUCUGGAGCAGAGCAUCGAGUUCAUCCGGGAUUCCCUCAUCUCCAUUCGGGACGACAAGGACGGCUCCAAGUGGUGCAUCGAUGGGACGCCAUCUAACCAGCCCCCGCCCUCCAAGAAGCCCAUCGCCGGGGUGAUCGGGCCGGGCUCAAGCUCCGUUGCUAUCCAGGUGCAGAACCUGCUGCAGCUCUUCAACAUCCCCCAGAUCGCCUAUUCUGCGACCAGUAUCGACCUGAGUGACAAGACACUCUUUAAGUACUUCCUGCGGGUCGUGCCCUCUGACACGCUCCAGGCCCGGGCCAUGCUGGACAUAGUCAAGCGCUACAACUGGACCUAUGUGUCUGCGGUGCACACGGAGGGUGAGUCACUCAACUCACUCAACACAUGGGUUCAACUUCAAGGAUAGGAUUAGACCAAGUAGGCAUAGUAGGACUAGCACGGAUUUGGAGAGGUUUUGCACAUGCUGUCAAGUUGAUUUUGUCUUGUCUCUGUUCGGGUUUGAGGUUGAGAAAUCUGGGAUUAUGAUAAAUAGGUCUAGCUAUUGAUAUGGUUGUGGAUUAUGAGGGCGGUUUGUAAACAGUUAAGUACUUGCACCUAACUUUGUGUCCUCCCUGUGUGUGCUCCUGUGUGCAUUGCAUUGGAGGGAAACCGUAAAAUGGAAUUCACUCUCUCCAGACAAAACUAUACAUCCUGUGCAGUAUAACUAUCCAUACACACACCCCAGGCAAAGUAUGGGGUUGUGACCUAUAUUGGAUGUACGUCACAACUAUCUGUUCUUCUGCCUUUUAUCACAUCCACACUCCAGCAACGCGUCCAAUCUCUCAAGCCACAAUUCAGUCUUAUUGUUGUCAAUGUUCUCUGACUGGAAAUGCAUUUUGGUGUUUAUUUGUAUCUAUUCAUAUUAGAGGAAAUUAGAUUGGACGCUAGAUAGGAAAGAAAAUUAGUCAGCACUGCUCUCUCUCUCUCUCUCCCUCUCUCUCUCUCUCUCUCUGUCUCCCAGGAUGUUUAAUUUGAUGCUAAUUCUAUUCUAUUAGAAAAUAACAGGCGGGCUCCAUCAUCUUCAUUAUUUGCAUUUCUAAGCAUGUCUUACUAAAUCAAUCAGCCUAUCAAUAUUUAACAGGGGCACUAAUGGACUGUUUCCCCUCUGCCUUUGCUGUUCUUGUGCUGUGUAGCAUACUAUCAGGCUGGGGUUACAGGUGGUGGAACCAUAUAAUUCAAUUGUAAUUUAAUGUAUCUCUAUGCGAGGAAUCAUAGAAAUAGAAUCCGUCUGGUCCACUCAUUUACAUAACACUUGAAAAAAAUGUCUGCUCUAGUAAUUCUAAUUAUAUGGGUAUAAUUAAUACCUCCAAACGUCUCCUCCUGUUAUGGAUAUCGAUAUAAAUAAACUCCCAAGUGUGUUAUUUCUAUUCAGAUGUAGAGGAUUUACUGUGUUGAGUGUGUUUCCAUCCUAUUUAACCCAUGGUUGUGAGGGAUGUCUAAGCACAGCUUGCAAAGGGGUUCUGGCAAUGCCCCUCAAUGCUGGAAAUAUCAGCACAUUGCUACAGCAGCCCACAUUAGCUUCUCAGCAGCACCUGUCUGAAUGCGUUAUCGGCAGAGUUUGUCAGUGCACUGUCCAUGGUGCUGAAAUGGUUAAUAUACCAGUAGCGCUCCACAAUGCAGACACACACUGCUUAAGCUUGAAUCGCAUAAAACUCUUCCAUCAGUUUAACCACUACUGUAAUUGGGAGAGGAUAUAAUUAGAUAUGGAGAUAGCUAAACUGUAGUUACAAGUAAAUCUCUGCCAUUAGCCAUUAGCCGAGGCUCCUCAGCCUAAACCUUAGUGAAAUGUAACCAGUGGUGUGAGCAGGUAAUGAUUGACACAGCAUCUCUGCUCUGUAGUGGCCACUGAUGAAUUCUGGGGGUUGUUAGAGGGAUAUGUGAUAGACAGGCCCUAAAGGGAGGAUGGAACUUUGGAACACCUUGUAAAGGCGGAGCCUAGAAACCAGUAGGGGAGUCACAAAAGUUCAGCGGUCACGGUCAGGUUGAGGGGCAUGCAGGCAGGGCCAGGAGAGAGUGGAGGUGAAGUGCCAUGAGGCACAGCUAGGGGGUGCCAGGGAUCUGAUCUUCACCAUACCUGCUAGGUAGAAUAUUGAGUGUAUAGGGUAAGGUAAAGCGUAUUUUGUGCACUUUGAGGAAUGGUUACUGAUGUGAAAAUUGUGGUGGCUGUGAGAUAAAACAUAUAGUGAAUGUGUUAAUUGAUAUGAAAAAUGUGACUAAAGUGUCUCUUGUUAGACUGAAAUAUUUUAAUUGAAAUCCUAUGAAUCGAAGGGGUUUAGAAUUGAUCAACCAUAAAAUGAAUUCACCUGUUCAGAUAACUGUCUCUCCCGAUAGCUUUAAACAGUGGUCACAACUACAGACAGCACCUCCCCAUGCAGCCAUCUCUCUCCACCACCUAAGACAAGUAAACAUGCAGCAUGUUGCCCAUAGCAACAGCUAAGGAUAUGCGAUUGCAUAAAUUACCUGGAUUACCUUCAUUAACAUCAAUUGUUUCAGUGAACGGGCGUCAAUAUACCUCCGCCUGCUUUCAUCCAUCCCUCCCUCCAAACUUAAUCGAAAGAGAAAAAUAAUUGGAUAUCAUGAUUCCCAUUUUCCAUCAGGAAAACAAAACGAGAGAAUUCAAAAUAUCAUCAGAGGCUAUAUUGGAACACUAACAAUUGUGGCCCAAUCUAAUAGCAUCCCAGGGUAAUGCAUUAGUGUGCUGCCAAUUCAGACCUUUUUUCUCAUGUCAAACACAACCAGACUGUCAGAAGAGCACAAGGUGCUCUGGAAGAUGCCUCAAUUUGUCAGAAUGAGACAGGUGUGUUUAAGGGCCAUGAUUGUGUAAACAAAGGUACUGCAUUAACAUUGCAGACAACAUCUUUGAUUGAAGCCAGCACUUUGAAUAUAACCAAUAAAACAGAGUCCUCUGUGCAUGACUAGGACUGUUUCCAAAAUGGCACCCUAUCCUCUAUAGUGCACUACUUUUGGCUCUGGUCACUACAUAGGGAAUAGGAUGCAAUUUCAGAUGCACCCUAUGUAUGUAAAAUAAGACAGCUUUGCAGUGCUUGAUUAGGAUGUCAUCAUAUGACUAGAAUGGCGCCGGAGGAGAUGGCUAACUAAUUGUGCUAUUGUGUGUGUUUUUUUGCGUAAUUUGUAACUUAUUUUGUACAUAAUGUUUCUGCCACCGUCUCUUAUGACCAAAAAGAGCUUCUGGAUAUCAGGACAGCGAUUACUCACCUCGUACUGGGCUAAGAUUUUUUCUUUAACGAGUCAGACGCAAAGGAUUUUCUUCAGACACCCGACAAGGCCCCGUCAUUCGCAUGAGAAAGAGAAGGAUAUAUCGGGGACGUAGGUCGGGGUGCCUUGUAAGGAUCCGACGGCGAGUGGGUAAUCUGCCUCUACCAUCAGUCCUAUUAGCCAACGUACAAUCAUUGGAAACCAAAAUAGAUGACCUAUGAUCACAGAUAUCCUACCAAUGGGAUAUUAAAAACUGUAAUAUCUUCUCUUUCACCGAGUCGUGGCUGAACGAUGACAUGGAUAACAUACAGCUGGCGGGAUAUAUGCUGCAUCGGCAAAAUAGAACAGCUGCCUCCGGUAAGACAAGGGGUGGUGGUCUGUGUAUAUUUGUAAACAACAGACGGUGCACGAAAUCUAAUAUUAAGGAAGUCUCAAGGUUUUGCUCGCUUGAGGUAGAGUAUCUCAUAAUAAGCUGUAGACCACACUAUUUACCAAGAGAGUUUUCAUCUAUAUUUGUCGUAGCUGUCUAUUUACCACCACAAACCGAUGCUGGCACUAAGACCACACUCAAGAGCUGUAUAAGGCCAUAAGCAAACAGGAAACGCUCAUCCAGCGGCAGCGCUCAUAGUGGCCGGCGACUUUAAUGCAGGGAAACUUAAAUCUGUUCUACCUCAUUUCUACCAGCAUGUUCAAUGUGCAACCAGAGGGAAAAAAACUCAAGACCACCUUUACUCGACACACAGACGCUUACAAAGCUCUCCCUCGCCCUCCAUUUGGCAAAUCUGAUCAUAAUCCUAUCCUCCUGAUUCCUGCUUACAAGCAAACACUAAAGCAGGAAGCACCAGUGACUCGGUCAAUAAAGAACUGGUCAGAUGACGCAGAUGCUAAGCUACAGGACUGUUUUGCUAGCACAGACUGGAAUAUGUUCCGGGAUUCUUCCGAUGGCAUUGAGGAGUACACCACAUCAGUCUCUGGCUUCAUCAAUAAGUGCAUCGAUUACGUUGUCCCCACAGUGACCGUACGUACCCCAACCAGAAGCCAUGGAUUACAGGCAACAUCCGCACUGAGCUAAAGGGUAGAGCUGCCGCUUUCAAGGAGUGGGACUCUAACCUGGACGCUUAUAAGAAAUCCCGCUAUGCCCUCCGUCGAACCAUCAAACAGGCAAAGCGUCAAUACAGGACUAAGAUUGAAUCGUACUAUACCAGCUCCGAUGCUCGUCAGAUAUGGCAGGGCUUGCAAACUAUUACAGACUACAAAGGGAAGCACAGCCGCGAGCUGCCCAGUGACACAAGCCUACCACACAAGCUAAAUUACUUCUAUGCUCGCUUCGAGGCAAGCAACACUGAAGUAUGCUUGAGAGCCUCAGCUGUUCCGGACGACUGUGUGAUCACGCUCUCCAUUAGCCGAUGUGAGUAAGACCUUUAAACAGGUCAACAUUCACAAGGCCGCAGGGCCAGAUGGAUUACCAGGACGUGUACUCCGAGCAUGUGCUGACCAAAUGGCAAGUGUCUUCACUGACAUUUUCAACCUGUCUCUGACUGAGUCUGUAAUAGCAACUUGUUUCAAGCACACCACUAUAGUCCCUGUGCCCAAGAACACUAAGGUAACCUGCCUAAAUGACUACAGACCCGUAGCACUCACGUCUGUAGCCAUGAAGUGCUUUGGCUCAUGGCUCACAUCAACAAAAUUAUCCCAGAAACCCUAGAUUUGUAUACCGCCCCAACAAAUCCACAGAUGAUGCAAUAUCUAUUGCACUCCACACUGCCCUUUCCCACCUGGACAAAAGGAACACCUACGUGAGAAUGCUAUUCAUUGACUACAGCUCAGCGUUCAACACUAUAGUGCCCUCAAAGCUCAUCACUAAGCUAAUUACCCUGUGACUAAACACCUCCCUCUGCAACUGGAUCCUGGACUUCCUGACGGGCCGCCCCCAGGUGGGAAGGGUAGGAAACAACACAUCCGCCACGCUGAUCCUCAACACGGGGGCCCCUCAUGGGUGCGUGCUCAGUCCCCUCCUGUACUCCCUGUUCACCCAUGACUGCAUGGCCAGGCACGACUCCAACACCACCUCCUGUACUCCCUGUUCACCCAUGACUGCAUGGCCAGGCACGACUCCAACACCAUCAUUAUGUUUGCCGACAACACAACAGUGGUAGGCCUGAUCACCAACAACGAUGAGACAGCCUAUAGGGAGGAGGUCAGAGACCUGGCCGUGUGGUGCCAGGAUAACAACCUCUCCCUCAACGUGACCAAGACAAAGGAGAUGAUUGUGGACUACAGGAAAAAAAAGAGGACUGAGCACGCCCCCAUUCUCAUCGACGGGGCUGUAGUGGAACAGGUUGACAGCUUCAAGUUCCUUGGUGUCCACAUCACCAAUGAACUAUCAUGGUCCAAACACACCAAGACAGCCGUGAAGAGGGCAAGACAAAGCCUAUUCCCCCUCAGUAGACUGAAAAGAUUUGGCAUGGGUCCUCAGAUCCUCAAACAAUUCAACAGCUGCACCGUCGAGAGCAUCCUGACUGGUUGCAUCACCGCCUGGUGUGGCAACUGCUCGGCCUCCGACCACAAGGCACUACAGAGGGUAGUGCGUACGGCCCAGUACAUCACUGGGGCCAAGCUUCCUGCCAUCCAGGACCUCCAUACCAGGCGGUGUCAGAGGAAGGCCCUCAAAAUUGUCAAAGACUCCAGCCACCCUAGUCAUAGACUGUUCUCUCUGCUACCGCACAGCAAGCGGUACCGGAGUGCCAAGUCUAGGUCCAAAAGACUUCUCAACAGCUGCUACCCCCAAGCCAUAAGACUCCUGAACAGCUAAUCAUGGCUACCCAGACUAUUUGCACUGCCCCCCCACCCCCAACCCCCACCCCAUCUUUUUACGCAGCUGCUACUCUGUUAAUUAUUUAUGCAUAGUCACUUUAACUCUACCCACAUGUACAUAUUACUUCAACUACCUCAACUAGCAGGUGCCCCCGCACAUUGACUAUGCACCGGUACCCCCCUGUGUAUAUAGCCUCCCUACUGUUAUUUUAUUUUACUUCUGCUCUUUUUUUCUCAACACUUUUUUGUUGUUGUUUUAUUUUACUUUUUUAUUAACAAAUAAAUGCACUGUUGGUUAAGGGCUGUAAUUAAGCAUUUCACUGUAAUGUCUGCACCUGUUGUAUUCGGCGCAUGUGGCCAAUAACGUUUGAUUUUAUUUGAUUAGCCACUAGACUCCCUAUUUACAGUGGCUUGCGAAAGUAUUCACCCACCUUGGCAUUUGUCCUAUUUUGCUGCCUUUUGGGGGGUUUGUAUCAUUUGAUUUACACAACAUGCCUACCACUUUGAAGAUGCAAAAUAUUUUGGGGGGUAAAACAAACAAGAAAUAAGACAGAAAAACGGAAAAAUUGAGCAUGCAUAACUACUAGCCACCUUUUGCAGCAUUUGCAGCUGCAAGUCUCUUGGGGUAUGUCUCUAUAAGCUUGGCACAUCUAGCCACUGGGAUUUUUGCCCAUUCUUCCAGGAAAAACUGCUCCAUCUCCUUCAAGUUGGAUGGGUUCCGCUGGUGUACAGCAAUCUUUAAGUCAUACCACAGAUUCUCAAUUGGAUUGAGGUCUGGGCUUUGACUAGGCCAUUCCAAGACAUAUAAAUGUUUCCCCUUAAACCACUUGAGUGUUGCUUUAGCAGUAUGCUUUGGGUCAUUGUCCUGCUGGAAGGUGAACCUCCGUCCCAGUCUCAAAUCUCUGGAAGACAAACAGGUUUCCCUCAAGAAUUUCCCUGUAUUUAGCGCCAUCCAACAUUCCUUCAAUUCUGACCAGUUUCUCAGUCCCUGCCGAUGAAAAACAUCCCCACAACAUGAUGCUGCCACCACCAUGCUUCACUGUGGGGAUGGUGUUCUUGGGGUGAUGAGAGGUGUUGGGUUUGCGCCAGACAUAGCGUUUUCCUUGAUGACCAAAAAGCUCAAUUUUAGUCUCAUCUGACCAGAGUACCUUCUUCCAUAUGUGUGGGGAGUCUCCCACAUGCCUUUUGGCGAACACCAAACAUGUUUGCUUAUUUUUUUCUUUAAGCGAUGGCUUUUUUCUGGCCACUCUUCCGUAAAGCCCAGCUCUGUGGAGUGUACGGCUUAAAGUGGUCCUAUGGACAGAUACUUCAAUCUCCGCUGUGGAGCUUUGCAGCUCCUUCAGGGUUAUCUUUGGUCUCUUUGUUGCCUCUCUGGUUAAUGCCCUCCUUGCCUGGUCCGUGAAUUUUGGUGGGCGGCCCUUUCUUGGCAGGUUUGUUGUGGUGCCAUAUUCUUUCCAUUUUCUAAUAAUGGAUUUAAUUGUGCUCCGUGGGAUGUUCAAAGUGUUGGAUAUUUUUUUAUAACCCAACCCUGAUCUGUACUUCUCCACAACUUUGUCCCUGACCUGUUUGGAGAGCUCCUUGGUCUUCAUGGGGCCGCUUGCUUUGUGGUGCCCCUUGCUUAGUGGUGUUACAGACUCUGGGGCCUUUCAGAACAGGUGUAUAUAUACUGAGAUCAUGUGACAGAUCAUGUGAAACUUAGAUUGCACAUAGGUGGACUUUAUUUAACUAAUUAUGUGACUUCUGAAGGUAAUUGGUUGCACCAGAUCUUAUUUAGGGGCUUUAUAGCUAUGGGGGUGAAUACAUAUACACGCACCACUUUUCCAUUAUUUAUUUUCUAGAUUUCUUUUUUGCAUGUUUUUUUUUUUUUUUCACUUCACCAAUUUAGACUAUUUUGUGUAUGUCCAUUACAUGAAAUCCAAAUAAAAAUCCAUUUAAAUUACAGGUUGUAAUGAAAGAAAAUAGGAAAAACGACAAGGGGGAUGAAUACUUUUGCAAGGCACUGUAUCUGGUUAUAUCAGAGGAUAGAUAAGGACUGCAGCCCAGUCACAGUCAUUCACAGCCUGACGUGUCACAGUCAUCAGACUACGACAGUGGUUUUGGCCUAAACUCACCAAAUACGAGCGUGUGAGGCGUGUGUGUGAUUUAUUUUAGAAUGCAUUGUUUUGAAUUAUAAUGACCCAACCGAAGCCGGACGGGCAGGUUGUACUCAUUGACGCCUCGCGUUUUAUUGCUGGCACUGUAGUCACACAAAAUAAAUAGAAAAUUGUCAUUAACUUUUUUUUAGCAUAUUUUAAUUGGAAGAGCUAAGGGUUGAAGCUUUACCAUACAUGCUAAAUAAGACCAAAUCAUCCACUUAUGGAUACACAACAUCGCUAUCAGCAAAGAUGAUUGGAGAUAUGGACUAUCCUGCUAACAUACAGUCACUGCUCUCUCUGCCUGUCCCAUGCUUUCCACCCACCUCGCUCUGCUUGCUCCGCCCGUCCGUUUCUGGUUAGUUUUUCGCUUUAGUGUGGCAGAAUCCAGUCACUGUCAGCCUGGAGGGCCUUGAGGAAGUAUAUAGAGAAAUACUGAAAUCAGUGCACACUGUAAUAGACAGUUAGCUACAACUCAGUGAAAUAGAUUGAGAGGCUUGGUUGAAAUGAAAAGUAAUGGUCAUAGACUACAUUCUUCUCAUGAUGAUUCUGUGCUACGAUUGUUAUCCAUUCCUUGAUGGGAACUUGUUAUGUAGGUUGUGUUUUUCUAUAACGACAAAACUUCCAUUGUGGGUCAAUGAUGAGGAUUUAUUUCCUUUUCCUGCUCCAAAAUGGUGACUCCUCGUCGGUCAUUUUGUGUGUCCAGUGGUGAUUAACCCCUCUGUUUAUCACUCCACCCUAGGAAACUAUGGGGAGAGUGGCAUGGAGGCCUUCAAGGAGCUGGCCUCCCAGGAGGGUCUGUGCAUCGCCCACUCGGACAAAAUCUACAGCAACGCCGGGGAGAAGCACUUUGACCGUCUGCUUAAGAAACUCCGUGAACGUCUGCCCAAGGCCCGCGUGGUGGUGUGUUUCUGCGAGGGCAUGACUGUGCGCAGCCUCCUCAUGGCCAUGAGACGUCUGGGUGUGGCUGGAGGAGAGUUCCUCCUCAUUGGCAGGUAA